CAACGGGAAAUAAUUCUUUUAACCAUAAACACUGAGGCUGACUUGCCAUCAUGAUAUCUUCCACUAGUUUUAGUUCUGGGCUCUCCAAAGUGGGCCUAGAGCAGCAGCAACAAAAAGAGAAGGCAGUACAGCAAUCAGCCACGCCAAAGACAAAAAAGAAACGUUUUCUCACACUUUCUCGCCCUUCUUCCUCAUCCUCUUCUUCAAGAAAAUCUUCAAAAGAUUCCGAGGCAAUAGGAGAGACACUAACUUCGUCCCUAAGACCAAAACUACCAUCACCAACUGUACCAGGAUCAAAAUUUGCCACUUUGCCACGCCCACCCAAGCCUAGCAAGGCCCCUCCCCCAAGCACCACAACCUCCAAGCCUCCGUCUCAUCUUGGAGCCACACCUCCGAAAAAGAGACUCCCAUUUUCUCUUACGUCAAAGAGCAGUAGUUCAUCGAAAUCAGAGACGUCUCCAAAGCCACCGAAACCAGUCAAAGCAAGUAAUCUGAGCUUUAGCGAGCUAAAGAAACAGCACCAGGUUCUGCUGCAAGAGGUUGAUAGUUUGAAGACUCGAUUAGCUGAAGAGAGCAAAGGACACGAAACUAAACUACAAGAGAUACAAGGGAGACUGGAAGAAUCUGAAAUAACUGUGAACAUAUUGAGACAAGAGGCUGAGAGAAAAGAUGCUCUUUUGUUAGAUAAAAAUGAACAGAUCAAGGAGUUGCAAGCAAAACUGGACAGGACUGCGUUUGACAAGGAGAGACUACUCAUGGUAAUCGAAAGUGUCCAAAGAGAUGCACUUACUGGUGAGCCAAUAUUCAAUGACAAUAACCUGUGGCAGGCGGCAAGAGAUGAGAACAGAUCUAAAGUCCAACACUACACAACGCUAUUGGAUACAAUGAUGAACACAUUAAUCUCAACCAACGAUCAACUAGAGGAGCAAGAACAUUACAUUAAAAAAUCAAGCCAACUUGUACCUCAGACAUAAAAGAAUUAUCACGUGUUUUAUCAAUCAUUACUUUAUUACUGGUAGAAAUGAAGAAAACGUAUGACAGAUCGUGUAUUUUGUAUAAAAAUAAACAUUUUAUACUCUUAGCAAAUUAAAUAAUCAUUAUGUACAAACUUUUAUACG